AUGGCGAUCCCGGCCGGCAGGAACUUCGCAAGCUGCUAUAUGGAACUUUGCAAGCAACAACGAUUACGACCGUUGCCGGUUAUAUGUGUCACCCUACCGCACAGCUUGGACUUUACCACCGAUCGCGUCAAAAUGGACGAUUGGAGCCCGAUCUUGAACUCCCUUUCCCUCGAUCGCUCACUCAAAUCGAUUAGCGUGCACAGCAGGUAUCAAUGCCGUAAACCGUUAGAAGAGGUGAAUUCCGAGGACAAGGCGCGAGCGAUGGGUAAGGCCCCGGUGGUCCUCACGCGUUAUUUGUUGGAAUGGCUGUCGCAGAGCGUCGGCCAAUGCGUGAGAAAUUCGUCCAGCCUCACGCAUUUGGAACUCGAGGGCAUCCCGUUUCCUCCGGAUUGCAUUGCAGUGCUCUGUGUCGGUCUGUCGGGAACAGAAACUCUAUACCACCUGUCCCUACGACGUUGCUACAUUGGCGACACCGGCUGCGAAUUAAUUUGCCGAACGAUAGCGGACAAUCGCAGCGUGAGGUCGUUGAAUCUCAGUCACUGCGACCUCACGUCAAGCAGCGGUGGCCCGUUAGCAUCCGCGCUCUCCAGACAGAAACUAGCGCUUUAUCACGACACCUGGAAACAAUCGCUGAGGUAUCGCGAGCCCAACUUCGAGGCAAUGCCAGGAUUACGUCGAUUGACUCUGAACGAUAAUCCGCAUCUCGGCAACUGUGCCGUAAUAGAGAUGAUCGAGGCUAUACGCGACAGCUUAUGGAUGAAAGCGCUGGAUCUUCAGCACUGCGGUUUGACGGAUCAAAUCGGCGGGGAUCUGCUGAACCUACUCGAUCAGAAUAAUACGUUGGCAGUGCUCGAUGUGAGGAAGAACGCAAACCUGAACGAUGAACUUGCGUCGGAGGUGAUGAGGAGGUUGGCGGAAAACGACGUCGAGGGAAAGUCGGAAUACAAGUGGAUGGGAUUGGCGCCGAAAGACAAAAGAACCGUGUCGGCUGGUACACGAAGAUGCAAUGAGAAUGAAGACACCGCGAAGCUCUCAAGAGCGCGAAGUGCCUUCACUAGGUACGCGAAAAGACCGUGCCAGGCAAUUCCUCCGAGGAGGAUGAUUCCGAAGCCGCUUCCACCAUCGAAGAUGAAGAUCCGACCGUCUUCGCCGCCGGUUCGCGACACUACUCAGCAACGACCCGAUUUGAUCCGAUCGCGGACGAUCGGCAGCAUACAAACGGUGCCCAAGGUCUCCCUUCACUUGAAUCUUCAGUCCCGGAUACAAACCGCGGUGAAUCGUGCCGAUCGCGAGGAUUCAAAGACAACACCGAAACAUAAAGACAUCAUGCAACGCUCCGAAGAAACGAGCCUGAGAAGCUUCGAUUCGACCAAAGUGGACGUCGGCACGCAAAGCGUGGACGAUCCAGAAGAAAUUCAAAGUAUCCUCAAGCAAUUGGCGGAAACUCAAGCGGAACACAAUCGUCUCCUGGAGCAGACCAAGCAGGUCGACCUUCUGCUCGUCGAAGAACGCGCGUGCCGCGAGACCGCCGAGGCGAACCUACGAUCGGCGCAAAACGACAUAGCUAUGCUGGAAGACGUUCUGAAGAAAAAGGAGAUCGAGACCAACGGCUGCCUACUGAUCAGUCAGCAAUCUUUGGACGAAAUAUGCCUAUCCUUCGACCGGCUCUUAGAUCUGCUAGAGAAUGUCGCCAAACAUCCAUUCGAUCAGACGCAGCUAAAUACGCAGCAAAUCGCGAGCACGGACAUCAAGCGACGGCUAGUAUCCGUCAUCAGGCAGACCAAGUCGGAGAACCUGAAGAGAGGUUACAAGAUGGAUAUCGAAUCGCCGCGUGUAUCGCACGUCGUAGACAGCGCGCGGAAGCUCGUCAAGUCCGAGAGCGACGUGAGAUCUAUCAUGCCGAUUCCGGCGGCGCACCUCGAGAAGAAGAUUGGCGAGUGUCCGGAGAAUAACGAGCUGCGCGAUCGGCGUCGUCACGACGUCGACACGAAGCCGAUAUCGCCCGGCGAUCGGGCCCGUGCGAUUUUCGCGAGCAUCGUUAGCGGCGAGGCCGUGCUCGACUUCUGCUAGUCAUCGAUCGAUCGGUUGAAUUUGGUAGUUUGCGUGCGAAGGGCGCGGUGUAGAGUCCU